AAAUAUCCACCCAACUGAACCCCCUCUUGGCCUAUAUCUCUCUCUUCAUAUCUAACUCUCUCUGUCUCUCUCUCUCUCUCUCUCUCUCUCUCUCUCUCUCUCUACACCACUUCUCUCUCUGUGUCCAAAAAAAGCCAUGUUUGAAGAAUCCGCAUCUUCCAUACCUUCAUUAUGGGCUUCCAUGAACAGCUGGUUCACUCCCACUGUUCUCUUCGUCCUCCUCAACCUCAUGAUCGGCACCAUUGCCAUAACCUCCAGCUUGACCACCCAAAAUCACCACCAAGACCCCGCCGGUAACCACCGCCAGCUCGCCAGAUCUCCCUCCGUCUUGCAGAGGCUCAAGUCCAACUUCUACUCCUACAGAUCCCAAGAACCGACAACAAAUUUCCUCAAAUCUCCUGAAAACGACGCCAAUUACGCCGUCGCGCAAACUCCGGAGCGAGAGCAAUCUCAUUUCGCAAGAUCUCCGGUGAUGCUUCAGAGGCUCAAGUCCAACUUCUACAGUUACAUCUCGCAAGAAGUGCCGGCGGAGCAAACCCUAGCGCAAGAGCCGCCGCGAGAAGAGGAGGAGGAGCGACUCGAAGAGGACGGAGACCAAUUCGACCAAGCGCAGACGCUGGAUGAGAUUUACAGCCAGCUGAAGGACGGCGGCGGCGGCGGCGUCAGCCGGAGCAAGUCCGACACGAAACCGACUGCCGGAGAGCCGGCGCCGCCGAAGCUCUCGAGGAAGAUGAAGAAGUCGGCGAGCGCGAAGUCGGCAUUCGCGCAUUUCGAGGAGGCGGACAUCGUCGAGGCUCGCCGGCCGGCGACGGUGAGGGAGGGGAAGGUUAAGGCGGCGGAGGUCGACGACGACGAGGUCGACGCGAAGGCCGACGACUUCAUCAAUAAGUUCAAGCAGCAGCUGAAGCUGCAGAGGCUCGACUCGUUCAUGAGGUACAAGGAGAUGAUCGGUAGAGGGAGUGGGGAGUAAAGAAACUGUAGUUUCCGUGGCUACUUUUCAAUUUUUUUUUGCUAAUUUAGGGGUUUUAUUGCAGAUGUGAUGCAGAUCCUUUUAUUGCUUAAUGACGUCUUGUUGAACUAUUUGUUCAAAUCUACACCUUAUUGUUUUUAA